CAUGUCCAACAAUUGACAGUUGCAAGAACGAGUAUCAUUCCCUAUCGCGGAAUCCAUUGUAAUGACGGACUCCAAAUUUUGUCAGUUAAAUCCUGAUGUAUUCACUUCGACAUGUGUCUCUGUACGUGGCAGUACACAGUGGGGCAAGAUGGCGGCACACUCAACCCUUGCGUGUCUGGGUGUCGGUUCUCGUUUUUCCAUAUAUGUACAGUGGAGAGAAAGUAACGAGUUUUGAGGUAGACGAGUAUCUUCGCAGGAAAAGUAAAAAAGCACAGGUUGAGUCUGAUCCCGCAAGGCAGUUUUUCUACCUCUUCAGGUAGUGCACAAGAGAGCAGAGAAGAGAGUAUAGAGUUUCAGGUUAGAAGCUCAUCAGAGUGAGUUGUCACAAGCUAGAGAAAUAGUUAGUUCGUAGUGGCAACUUGAUAGUUUUUGUUCCUAGUGGCAACUUGAUCGUUCUGCCGAGCAUGAGCAUACAUAGCAGUACAAGGAAGAUUCAACAGAGAGCUCAGGUGUCUGAAACGGGAUGCACAGGUUCUGUAAAUCGGUAAGGGAUUUUCAAAACCAGUGACACCGAAGUUUGAUUCCACUACCACCAGAGAGUCCAACGAAUUGAGUUGAGUUCUGGUGUGCUCUGAUGUAUUGUGCUAUGUUCUACUGUGUUGUGUCAUCGUUGAGCUGCAAGUCUGUCAAAUUUUAGGUUAGGUCUGAGAAUGAUCUCAGACCUAGACAGAACUUGGCGGCAGAGAUCAGCUUUAGAAAAGAGUGAGUAUAGCCGUCUGGUCCGAUGAGCUCAUUUGUGCAAUGCGGAAGGCUCCGAAACAGAAGAGAGCCUUGAAGGCCUCACCUUCCAGCAAAUGCAGCUUGAAGGUCUGCACAGCGAGGCCAAAUACAAGUAGUACUGGGUACUCGGCAGCGAACCUUGACCAUAAAAAACCAGUGUCCUGCAAUGGAAGCUCCCACAUCCCACUAGCAGGGCUCGCGGUAGGUCAGUGUCGCAUUCUAGAACGCCCACGCUCUAGCUGUCGAUGGUUUAUCCGCCAUACGAGAUGGCGCUAGUGCAGUCACAUGCAUGCUGCUGCAGUGCUCGGGUCGAGGAGAUGAAUCAGAUCAGGACGCAGCGGAGCUAGUUCUCGUCGUGGAUCACAAACUCCUUAAUCAUUCUGUCUUUUCAGAUACGCCACGAUUGCGAGUCGUCCAUGACUUCUCGUCACUGGCUAACCAGCAUCGAAUAUUGUUCUGGUCAGCAGCUGUUUGUCUGUGUGUGUAUGAGAGAAAGAGAGAGAGACGGAGACUGAUGCGAGUUGAUUCUCACACUGAAUUCGGAGCAAGUGCAACAUACAAUGUACGUGCAAUGGUCUGGAAACUGCACUAAUUUUGAGGAUAGAUGCACAUGCACAUCCAAUCUCUUCUUAGGUGGCAGGCUGCCAUGAUCUCUCAGAGAGAGAAAGAAAGAAAGUCGAUCAUGGGACAACAACCCAUUUGGAAUAAAAUCAGAAUCAGAGAGAGGGAGAGAGAGAGUUGGAAAGGAAGAGUCAAAAGCUGUCGGGGUUGGAAACAUGAUAUUGCGAAGAGCGAGCGAGCAAUGAUCAAAGGAAAUGGAAUGGUGGUGGAAUUUCAACUUCUGUGUUCAAAUUGGAAUCAUCGAUCUUCGACAAUCACCAGGUCUUGCAGUUGUGUUGUUUUGGUAUAUUGACCCGUAUCAGUUUGAAUUUCUCCAUGGCACUUGAACUGUCCGAAAAGAUAUUCCGCAACGGAUGUAUUGCAGAGACCCGAUCUACUAAAGGACAUAUACAUCCGUUGCAUUUGUAUAUCUCGAGUUCUCAAAAUCAUGUCU